ACUCAGGCUACACUCUCACUCACACCUUGUCCUAAGGAGUGCACAAGUGGGGUCUGUCAGAGGAGGCUUGGGUUCCUGGACAGAGAAGUCUGGACCUAAAUGGACUCCACCCUCCUUAAAGCUCCAGGUGGAGCUGACGCUGCAGGUGUCCAGCAGCCAGCAGCGGGCCCUCCUGGUGGUUUGCAGCCUGUUGAAGAGGUAGCAGAACCUGUAGACUUGGACAAGGUAGAGGGAGACAAGAGUAAACCAGGAGAUCCUGUAGGACUAGGACAUGGACAGGCGCUGUACUCAUUUGACAGCUCUCUGUCCUCCUCGGACAGCGAGGAUGAGGGCAUCGGCAAGAGAGAAAAGAAGAAGAAGAAGAAGCUGAAGAAAAAGAAGAAGAAGAAAGACUCCAGCUCAUCCUCCUCGUCUUCUUCCUCGUCUUCCUCCUCCUCCUCCUCCUCCUCUUCUUCAUCUUCUUCUUCCAGUAGCUCUUCAGAGAGUGACAGUGAGGAUGACAAAAAAAAGAAGAAGAAGAAAAAAGAGAAGAAAAAGGACAAGCAGAAAGAGUACGUCUGGGAGAGCAUUGUCAUAUCUGAGGCUGAUCUCGAGUGCGAUUUGGAUUUGCUGCCUGUGGACAGUCCUAUGAUGAGCCCGGAGUUUGACUCAUCAGAUGAAGAGGGUGACAAGAAGAAAGACAAGAAGAAGAAGAAGAAGAAAGACAAGAAGAAGAAAGGCAACAAGAAGAAAGACAAGAAGAAGAAAGACAAGAAGAAGAAGAAAAAGAAGAAAAAGGAUUCAUCGUCUUCCUCAUCUGACAGUUCAUCCUCCGACAGCGAGGAUGAAAAGAAAAAGAAGAAGAAGAAGAAGAAAAAGAAGAAAAAGGAGGACUCCAGCUCCUCUUCCUCAGAUAGCUCCUCCUCUUCAUCGUCAUCCUCUUCUGACAGCAGCGAGGACGACAAAAAGACAAAGAAAAAGAAGAAAAAGGACAAGAAGAAGAAGAAAAAGAAGGACAAGAAGAAGGAUUCCAGCUCGUCAUCUUCACCUUCAUCUUCCGACAGUGAUAAAGAUAAGAAGAAAAAGAAGAAGAAAGACAAGAAAAAGAAGAAGAAGAAGGAUAAGAAAAAGGAUGAAGAGCAGAACGAGCUCAGCAGUGCUACUGCUCUUUCAGCAGCCGCAGGUGGUGAGAAUGCAGGACCAAGUGCUGAUGGAGAUAAAAAGAAAGACGAGGAUGGUGACAAGGCCAAGAAAGAGCUGAAAACAGCAGAAGAAGGCAAACUGUCUUCUGCAGUGACUGCAGGAGGAGCACAGGCAUUCCCUGAUGGAAUUGAGGAAGGCCACCUGAGUGAUGAUGAGGGAGAAGGAGGAGAGGAGACGGACAAGAAGAAGAAGUUGAAGAAGAAGAAGAAGAAGGAUUCUUCUUCGUCUUCUUCGUCCUCCAGCGAUUCUUCUAGUGAUGACGAUAAGAAGAAAAAGAAGAAAAAGAAAAAGGAUAAGAAGAAGAAGAAAAAGAAAGACAAGAAAAAGGACUCAGAUUCUUCUAGCAGUGAUGACGACAAGAAGAAGAAAAAGAAGAAGAAAGACAAGAAGAAGAAAAAGAAGAAGGACAAAAAGAAGGACUCAGGUUCAUCUGGUUCAUCUGAUGGUUCCGGUGGUAGCGACAAGGAAAAUAAAAAGGAGAAGAAGGACAAGAAGAAGAAGAAGGACAAGAAAAAGAGUUCAGGAUCAUCAGGAAGUGAAACUGAAAAGAAAAAGAAGGAGACCGAAAGCCCUGAUGCUGAGCAAAUCGGCGAGCCAAAAAAGGAGAGUUCAGUCCCAGGUGGUGGUGGACUUUCAGCUCCAAGUGGCAGUAGCUCUAAGCCUGGUGGUACUGCAGUCGUCACCCUUGUGCCGCUUCCCUCCAAGCCCAUUGUGAGGCUAGAACCUCUGAGUCCUUCAGCUGUCUCCAAGCCUUCUGUCUCCAGCUCCUCAGUGAAUCCUUCAGUUGUCUCCAGCUCCUCAGUGAAUCCUUCAGUUGUCUCCAAGCCUUCUGUCUUCAGCUCCUCAGUGAAUCCUUCAGCUGUCUCCAAGCCUUCUGUCUCCAGCUCCUCAGUGAAUCCUUCAGUUGUCUCCAGCUCCUCACUGAAUCCUUCAGUUGUCUCCAAGCCUUCUGUUUUCAGCUCCUCACCGAAUCCUUCAGUUGUCUCCAAGCCCUCUGUCUCCAGCUCCUCAGUGAAUCCUUCAGCUGUCUCUCAGCCCUCUGUCCUCGGUUCCACAACGAGUAUUUUAGAAAGGGCCCCCAUUCGCAGACCUCCCAGCCCCAUGGAGGCCCUGAUGGGGAGCCCAAGGAGGUAUGAUUCAGGGACCCGUUCUACUACCCACCUCACCUCUAGUGACCUAUUGAAAGGCCCCAGACCUUACCAAUAAUGAGAUGUCAUAGAGUAAAAUAGAUGUUUUUAAAGCUGUGGCUUACAUGGCACUGGAGGAAGUUAAUUGUGAUGAUGAGAUAUGCUCUAAUGAUGCUCUCAUGACCCCGAUUUUAUGCUCCAAAGAUAUGAUGACUCUGCAAAUUGAAAGCAGAUGUUAUGGUGUGUUUUCUGGUGGAAUGCGAAGGUUACUGGGUAAAGAUGCAUAGUGACAUGAUGAAAAUGUUCAAGUUGGGGAAGAUAAUCUAUACCAUGAAAAAUAUUGAUUUUAUUGUCAUUUUGAAAUUCAACUGAAUUCAGUCAAAAUUAAGAAAAAAGCACAUUUGUGGCAGAAAUGUCAAUCCAAAAAUCACAUGGGAUAAUUCAAAAUGCUUGCUUUGCAGAAUAAAACAAGAUCAUUUUA